AUGGACAAAUCUGCAAGAAAGUAUGUCGGGAGUGAUACAGACUACAGCGCAGGACAGGGGGAGGCUGACUACACGUCCACACAGCCCAACUCACCGGACCCCGCUAGUCAAGACCUCACACCGUCAGAAACGGUCCUGGAGACGCCCAACGCAACUGAUGAACCUGGAAAAGAUGGGCAGGCGGAAGACGGAAAAAUGUAUUAUUGUUCCCACUGCCCUUACAAGACAAAACACGUGCGUAUGAUGACACGUCACAGUAGAAAACACGUAAUGCCGAAAAAGAGAAAACAGAAGACGGAACACCGCUGCACGCAGUGUGACUAUGUAGCGACUCAUAAAACCAAACUGAACAGGCACUGUAAAGAAAUGCACAUAGGACUCAAACGCGAAGCUGGGGAGAGAAAAUACUCAUGCGGGCAAUGCGACUAUGUGGCCUCGAGGAAAGAUUGUUUGAGGGAACAUAUCGUGUCGAAACAUACAACCGACAGUAAGCCAUACAGCUGCGAACAGUGUGAUUUUCGCACUGCGCGUAGCGCGUCGUUACGCAAACACAUGAAAACGCACACCGACGAAAGACCAUACCCGUGCCCGCAAUGUAGUGGCAGUUGGAAAACGAACAUGGCUCGACAACAACACAUAGAAAGGGUCCACAUGGGGGCUCUACCGUAUAUGUGCGGCGAAUGUGGGUACAGGACAGUCCACAAGUCCCAUCUGGUUACCCACAUGCGGACCCACACGGGCGAAAGACCGUACAAGUGUAGCGAGUGCGACUACCGUGCUGCGAAGAAAGGACAUCUUACCAUCCACAUGGCCACACAUAAACAGGGUUUGUCAUUUGCCUGUGACCAAUGCGACUACAAGGCCAAAUACAACUACCAACUGUCCGCUCACAUGAAGACACACGCUUCACUGUUGUACCAGUGCAAAGAGUGCGAUUUCAGGGCCACAAAACAGCAGCAUUUAGACAUGCAUUACCAGGCUAAACACUGUGAUGAUGAGACGUACGUUUGUACGAUGUGUGAGUUUAAAACGGCGUAUGCGUCUUCCUUAACUCAGCAUAUGAAAACUCACAACAAGAAACCGAGUAAGAACAGGCGUUUUAAGUGUGAUCUGUGUGAUUAUGCUAUUGGUAGAAAACAGGCUUUGGUCAAUCACAUUGCACGCUGUCAUUACAACAGCCAAUAA